GGAAGCCCUUUCCGCCAUCUUUUUUUUUUCGAUUUUCGCUUGGUUCUCGACGACAAAAGACAUCGAAAAUGGACCUCUUUAUCGGGUUUCCAGAAUUGAAAUAGACCAACCAUUGGAAUUGUUUAAUUCUUCAAUUUACUGUUAUUGUAAACGAAAAGAAAUCGUCGUCGUCAAGAAGGCGUAUUCAUCGGAAAAUUGACCGGGAUAAUUCAUUGCACAAAGGAAGGCGAUAGGCUAAAUCAGCUGGAGGCGAAGUUGGUUCAGCUGGACUGAGACUGCAGUUGGGGUUAUUUAAAAACUAUUUCGGUGAAUUUCUUUGAUUUAAGUUUUGUUAAGACUUAUUAAACCCCGUGUACAAUAGGAAUCAUGACUGGAGGAUCUAUUCCCAGUGAUAAGAUAAAUCUUCGUUUGAUCCUUGUGUCAGGCAAAACAAAAGACUUCUUUUUUUCAAGUAAUGAUUCAGCGGGUGAUAUAGCACAACAUGUAUAUGAAAAUUGGCCGCCAGAAUGGGAAGAAGACUCUGUGAAUUCGCCUCAUAUCCUACGCCUUAUUUACCAAGGAAGAUUUCUGCAUAGUAAUGUUACUUUGGGAGCUUUACAGCUACCAACUGGUAAGACAACAGUAAUGCAUUUGGUUCCAAGGGAGAAUCUGCCAGAACCCAAUUCACAAGGACAAACAAAGCGAGGCAAAACAGAAGAGAGUAACUGCUGUGUUAUACUGUGAAAAGAAUAUAUGAAAAAAACAAAAGUUAAAUAAAAGAUAAUUUACAUAGUAUUGAUGCAGAUGCUGUUAAUGGUGGUGAUAUAUAUGUAUAAACAGUUGACUACUUAGUACUAAGACUAUCAUUCAAAUAAUAUAAAAAAAACAAAGACAGAGCUAAGAUUAUUCUUUUUUCGGUUCAUGAUACGCAUAUUGAUAACUAAGUAGCCCGGAAAGUUCAUGGACAAAUACAAUUAUAAUCAGAUAUAGAGAGUCCAUUUAAAAUAUGACAAUGCUACUAAGUAGUAAUAUGAAAAAGACAAACUUGUGUCUCAGGUCCACCUGUGAGGGCAUGUGCCGGUACUCAAUUUAGUAAUUGUCUGGUAGAUGUCACUUCAGUUGAAAGAAAAUCGGACAAGCAACAAAUUUUAUGUCAAACUUCAUAUUGUUCAACACAUUAGGCAUCAGUUUGUGCCAUUCACUUCAUCCAGUACCGUAGGUGGAUUUUUCAGGACCCUUUAAAAAAAAAAAAAGUCGAAAAGACAUUUUCUUAUUUUGCCAUUUACAUUUUUUGUGGGUAUACAUUGUUUUUUUAUGGUGAGGGCACGUGUUAUUUCCACAGUUCAGGGAGACUAUCCUAACCAGGUAUUAGCUAUAUGAACACCAUGCUUAAAUUACUUUAGUAGAAUUUACUGUAGUGUUAGAAAUAACAAUUUGAAAAGGGUUUCCGUAAUAUACAAGCAUAACCUAGCUCUGUCUUUUGUUCUUAAGAAAAAAAAAAUUGAAUAUUAAACAAAACCAUAAACUGAGAGAUGAAAAGAAAAAUUAUAAAUAUCUUUUAUUUGAAUAAACUUUGUUUAGCAUUUGUAAAAAAAAUAUUGAUAUGAAAAGAUUAUACACGUUAUACAAGUCAGAUUGCAAUUAUUACUGUAUCUUUAAUUGACUUGUUUCUUUUAAUGUAAAAGAAACAUCUUACUGUAUCUCUGUUUUAGACAUAUAAUUGGGGAGGGAGGGGUUUGAAAUUGUGAGAGAUUUAAGGGAUGUUUUCCUACUUUGUACAUACAUACUUUGUACACUUGUAACUUGCUGUAAAUGUUUUAAUUUUAUGGUAUUGAGUGAUAUUGGAACCCCAAAGAACUUCUACAAAAUAUUGUGAUUUUCACUUAUUUGUCUCUCACAAAUUAAACCAUCUGAGCAUCAAAGUCAAAGGCACAUCUACAAAAAAGUUUAUUUUCCAAAGAUAAUGCUGAUAAAAACUUUUUUGUCUGUUUGGUCCAUAAUUAAGAUUGAAUUUAGUGAUAAUCACAUAAAAUGUGAACAAAUUUACUUCAUUUUGACAGAAAAAAAAAUUUGCGCCUAAAAGGGUUAAUACAUUUCACAGUAUGCUGUUAACAAUGUCAGGUAUAACUAAGUGUUUGAUAGAAGUGGAAAUUUGAAAACAGUUAACUAGAGUGCAAAGUUGUGUUGGUUGUGACACUUGUGAUGUUGUUUAAUUUAUGUGUGCAAUCACUGUUGCAGCACAUAAAUUUGAAUCAAUGAGGAGUCAACUUACAAGGCUGUGUGUGAUUGGCUACUUGACCCUAACACCUAACUGUCGGACCAAUCAGAAAAUAGCUUGUUUGUUGACAGUUUUACAAUUCGAGGGGGAGUUGGUACACUCUAAUACAUUGCUCAUUAGAGAUUAGAAGAGAUGUCCUAGCCACCCAAAAGUUAAAUACUGAUCUAUCCCUAAAUACAGCUGGGAAUGGAUGCUUUCUGUCCAAUCCACCAGCUGCAUUGUGUUUACUCACAACGUUCGCCAGACAACUGUUUUCUCAUUUCUCCAACUUUACCAUGUCCUGUAAUUAUUAUCAACCAGUGGUCUUACCGCAUACAGUACAAGGGUCUUAAUACUACCCAAUAUUGUUCUAUUGUGCUAAUAAUAAUACGGUACUUCUCUGUUCAUAAAAAAAAAACUUAAAAAAAAAAUACAUAAAAUGCCAAAUGACUGUUUGUGUUACUUUGUACAACAUUUGAUAAUGUCUGUACGGUACUUCUUUUAUGUGGUUGUUGUGAUUUUUUGACUUAAUUGGUUGCCAGUGUAUAGAAGCCUACAUACCCAAGUGUGUCCACCCUUACAUGCACACAACGCAUGGACAUUUCAUCUCGCUUGGUAAUAGACAAAUUCACAGUUAUAUCACUAUUGAUCCACAUGAGCAUGGGAUGUACUGUGUAGCAGUGUUCAUUCUUUUUUGUUGACACCAAGAUUUUCCCGAUUGCUCUGGAAAUUGAUAUGUCAAAUAUUUCUGCUGAUAGAUGGCAAUGGAUAGCAUGUUGGGAAUGACUGGGUAAUGUAUUGACUGGCAUCACUUAUGCUUUGUGAUCCCAAAUCUGAUCAUCUCAUACUGUGAAAUACUUUAUUUUAGCUGUAAUUAAUUUUCGCUGAAAAGGCUUUUUGGGCGUUUUGUAUGAAAUUUAUUUUCACUGAUUUUUGACGAGUUGAAUGUCAAAUAUAGGAAAAAAAGUAUAUUCGCUGGAUUUUAAUUUCACGGAAUCAUCCCUUCAGCAAAAACAGCGAAAAUAAAUUCCAAGUGAAAAUACAGUACUUUUAACCUGCAAUAUAUUCAGUGGUAAUGGUUAUCAUUACAUUUUUUUUUUAAAUAUAUUUUUGUGCCAGGCGACAGUUCCGGACAUUGAGUGUCACUGUUGUCUCUCCUGACAACUUUUUUUUUUUUCUGUAUGUGCAAAUUGCAAGUGCUAGUGAUGACACAUAGUGCAUUUUGCCACAGAAGUCGUAUUCAUGUUUGGGACUACAUGACUACAGGGCUGUGUGGCCAUCUCUCUGUCAAAUGGCAAUUGUAUUGCGCUAUCCUGGUGUCAACCAGGCCCGGUCGAACACAAGCACCUGCGGACCAUAACCAAGGUUCCCCCAAAGUCGCAUUCGUUAGUGAAUAAAUCUCGGCCAGUGGAAUUGGCCUGCCCAUUGAGUCUGUGGCACACUCACCCAGGGUAGGGGUCGACCCUUUGAUGUUCAGCCUAAGGUAGGAUUUGAACAUGAGUCUGAUGCGACAACCACUAUGCUACCAGUGACCGGUUCAUUACAUUUAUUAUUAAUAUGGGAACUGCUUUUGAUGAUGUAUGGUAUGCCAAGUGCUUGAAUCAAAUUUUUUUGUUUUCAUCCAAGUAAUUCAUUUAACUCAACAUAACAUUGGUAUCUCUACAACACACUUGUAUAUUUUUAACAUAAAUUGGAGUUGUUCACUGUACGUUCUAUAAAAAAAAAUCAACUUGAUGAAACUUUUUCAGGUUGGCUUUCAAGGAGUUUUUCCUUCAACCUCCUAUAGAAACUAUUUUGCCACCUCUGAACUAUUUUUUGUUGCUUCUAUUUUCAUUGUGAAUCUCUAAGAUUUGUUUUUCAAUCUAUUUCAAUUCUUUUUGGAACUUUGUAACUACAUGUUCAUAUAAACAACUUUGAUAUUUGUGUAUAUAGCAGUAAGAAGCUAUUACAAGCCAUUAUGUAAUGAUUGUGCUAUUGUGAUUUCACAUUGAUAUUUUACUUUUAAUACACCCUGUGUGGACACUCAUUAUGAAUGUGAUAAUACAGGGUAUCAAAUGUAUUCCUGAGAAAAAGGGGGAGGGAUCACAUCAUAGUCUUUUAGAUUCUAUGUUGGCAGUUUUUCUUCAGCAAUGUGUACAUGUUAAAUAGCUUCUGUAUGUAUGCCAGUAUUAGGACUACAUAGCCAAUUGGCAGUGUGUAUUCAUAGGGGUAAUAUUAUCACUAAUAUCUGUACACCCCGCCCUACUUUUUAUAGUAGCUCUACAUCUUUCUGGAUAAAGGCUAGGAAAUGUACAGAAAUAUUUUAAAACUAUUUAUGAUUAAAAAUAGAAAUAAUUGUA